AUGUCUAACAGCAGCAUAACCCAGCAGAACCAUUCCUCUGAUGGCACGGUGCUGGGCACCUCACCGAAGCUCCACACUUUUCUCAUAAUCCUGUACAUCAUCAACUUGGCUGGUGGCACCCUCGGGGUCAUCAUGAUGUUCCGUCAGUUGCUUCAAAGGAGAUCACAGUCUGUGAUGACCAUUAUCAUCAUCAGCCUCCUAGUGCUGCACACCUUUAUGCUACUCAGCAUCCCCUUUCGCCUCAGCUAUUACAUUUUGCAGGAAUGGAAAUUUGGGAUGCUUGCCUGCAGGCUAGUGAGUGCCUUCAUCUACCUCCACAUGUACACCACCUUCAUGUUUUACAUGGCUAUCAUCAUAAUACGCCUCUUCCAACUCAAAUUUAGGAAGUGCUGCUCUACAGCAUGGGUGGGUGCUGUUUGGCUGGUGGGAGCACUGGUGAUGACACCUGUUCUUCUCUCGUACUAUGGCACCGUUGGGACAUACAAGCCCUCUGAAUGCUUUCAGUUCCACAAAGAGAUACAAGAGAAGCCCAUGAUGAUUGCAAACUACUGCAUGGUUGGCAUUAUGGUGGCAGUUUGUGCUGUUCUCACUGCAAUCCAGUUUUUUGUGAUCUACAGACUAACUGUGAAAUACUGGCCUGACAUUAACUCUCAUGUGGAAUUCAGGGCUCAGGCAAAGAGUUUCUUCUUCAUCUUGGUAGCAUUAGUGUGCUUUAUGCCUCAUCAUGUAUUCAGAGCAUAUUAUAUCCAAAACUACCACCUGGAUAAAGACCAUAAACUACUCCCAUACAAUGAAAUUUUUUUAGCUUUAACAACAAUGUGCUGCUUGGAUAUGUUGUGCUUCAUAGCAGGAAUAGCCCACUGA